AACUUGUUUGAAGCGCGUGUGCUUUCUGUGAUAAUCCGUUUUUGUGUUACUCACCAAAGUAUUUCAUGCAAUGGUUUCAUUAGCUCAUUUUAUCCUUGUAAGAGGUAACAUUCGUUCUUAACAAAGACGACAGGUUUGUGUGAAGCCUGAUACGGAACCAGAUGCAUCUCCGUCCUCUAUGAGUGCUGAAAUGACCAAUGCCAAUCCAGUGGUAGGUAACAAACGGCGCAGGCUGUCAAUAGAUGGCCAUUGCAUCGGUGGUUGCGGCAAUCCAUCCUGCUCGGAGAAAAGGAAAACUGAUGAAGAUUCGGACCACAACGUCAGCUGGUGGUACUUUAAGCUGGACAGCGAGUCAGAGCCGUUCGACAGCGACGAACCAGACAGCCUGAAGAACGAGAGCGUCUGGAGCGUGCAGCAGAGAGACACUGAUAGCGUUCACGACAGUAACGACAGCGAGAGUCGAUGGCGGCAAACUCAUGCAAAUGAGUAUGAAGUCGCGUCCCUGCACUCUGGGAACGAACUAAACCCCUUUAGUUGCUCGUCAGCCGACGAAAGCUGCUCUUCAGUUGAGGGCUUGGUCGUAGCCACUGUGGCGCCCGAUGGCAUCACAAUUGACUACUUUGCCGACUCGAGCUCGGACUCGGGCUCUACUGAUGAGAGUUCAGACCCGGAGCUGCAGCCGCAGGACAAGUGGUCGUGCUUGAAGUGCAAACAGAAAAACCAACCCAUCCCUAGGUACUGCCAGCACUGCUUCUCGGUACGCAAGCAGUGGUUCCCACCUCGCCCAAAAGCACACAAAAAGCGGCAGGAAGCCAACCACGAACCCCUACCCAUCCCACCCCAGAUACAAACCACCCCUAACCUAACUAUUCCAGACCUCUCCGACCUGAAAGGAAACCCAUUUGAAGACAGCAUCCAGCGUUCGUUCUCCGAGUCCGUGAGCAGGUACGCCAGCAUGACCCAAGAGCAGAAGCUGGACCAACUCAAAGAACAAAUUCAGCGCAACAAGUUGGUGCAGGCCCACAGCGACAAGCAUCUAGCAAAUUUCCUUAAUGAAACGACCCCAGAUGAGAUCAUCAACGCUGGGGUUUCUUCAAAAGGUUCUGAGACCAUCAGGCCAGAACUCCCGGAGAAUGAAAGUGGAGGGAAAAAAUCUUGCCAUAGCAAUAGUGGAGCUGUUGCAAAGGCAAGGUCUUCUUCCUCUAAUAGCAGUGCCAAAACUGUCCGGGUUGAAAGCAAGAUUGUUCAAGCUCACGACGGCGUUAGGCCCGUGGGGAUAGAGCAGGAGAUGGAUUUUCGGGCCAAAGUGGCUCAGUAUCUUGCGUCCUGCGUCUCACCAGUGCUGGACACUCCCCCUCAAUCGCAAGACUCAGAAUUCGCCUUAGACGGUCCUUCAGAGACUCCGCAACCCCCUCAUUGUGAUAACCUUAUUUCCGAGGACGUGGUUGACGGAGUCGUGAAGCGGCAGGCGGACACCAUCAAAGCAGCAAAUUCGAAUUCGUUCAGCACAGUCGGCGCCGGCGACAAAAUGUGUUCGUUCUGCGCUGAAAGGAAGGCCGACACGGCCUUCAUCCACGCGCGCAAAGGCCAUUUGUGCGCUUGCUACGCUUGCGCCAAGCAGGUGUACGCCGUCAAGGGCCAGUGCCCCAUUUGCCAGCGACAGGCGUCGUCCGUCUGCAAAAUUUACUUCUAAUUCCUCAUUCUUGCCCUUUUUCCCUAGAAAUUUGCCAAAGAACAUACCUAACUUAGCGCCGCAAAUUUUUAAAUUUUCUUUUUGGGCCAACCCGUUAAUUAAAACUCACUUUUCAAAUUCUUCGCCGAUAAUUUUUAGCCUUUUUACCCUUAUUCUUCUACGCAUGUAAUGUUUGAAAAAUUGACGACUGUAUUUAAUGGGAUGAAAGAGGAGUGAAUUUGAAAAGAAAAAACGUAUGGUCUUUACUCAACUGGUCGCAGGAAUUUUUUCCUGGCAAGCUACUAUCUCAAAAUUUUAAACAUUCAUUUUUCUAGGCAAAAAUAAAACAAACUCACUAAAACAUA